GGAGUUGGAGGGAAGGAUGGAAGAGUCGUGGAUGAUUCGUAAGUAAGUGGGCGGCCCAAACUACAACCCCAAAAAAUGCUCGAAUUUACGGUUUGUGCCAGAAACACCGAAAAAAAGAAAAAUAAGUUUGUUAUACAACUUCUUCUCUAAAGGUGAAGGAAAGGAAAGGGUCAAGAGAAGAGAACAUAGAAGUUAUUCAAAGAGACAUCCAUCGAUCCUUCAUCUUCCUCUUAUUUGCAGAUUGAUCAUCGUUAUUAUUGUUAAUCUGCUGAUUCGCCGCCAAACAACGUUGGACUUUUUUUUUUGAGGAUUUAACUCUCAGAUCUGAGGUCUUGGUCGGAAAUAUAAGAGUUCGAUUAUUACAGGCAAAAGGGGAUGCCGUUCUCCUCCUCCUAAGGCUUUAUUAUUUGUGAGGGUGAGGCCUUUUCAAAGUCAUGGAAGAGGUGGGCGCGCAAGUAGCUGCUCCCAUAUUCAUUCAUCAAGCACUUUCUACUAGAUACUGUGAUAUGACUUCCAUGGCAAAAAAACAUGAACUUUCUUACCAGUCUCCCAAUUCCCAGCUCCAACAACAUCAGUUUCUUCAGACUUCUAGGGAAAAAAACUGGAAUUCCAAGGCAUGGGAUUGGGAUAGUGUCGGUUUUGUUGCUAAACCUUCUGUAGCUGCUGAAACUUUACGGCUGGGAACUGUUUCUAGAGAACUUAAGAAAAAAGAUAAGAGUGAUUCCAAAAACAAAUCCAAUUCUGUUAGUGAAGAUGAUGAUGGUCUUGGCUUGAAUCUAGGUGGGAGUUUGACUUCUGUUGAGGAGCCUGCGUCAAGACCCAGCAAGAGGGUCAGGUCUGGAUCACCUGGCAAUGGUAGUUAUCCAACGUGUCAGGUUGAUAACUGCAAGGAAGAUCUAACUAAAGCAAAGGACUAUCACCGCCGACAUAAAGUGUGCGAGGUUCAUAGUAAAGCCACAAAAGCCCUAGUGGGAAAACAGAUGCAGAGGUUUUGUCAGCAAUGCAGCAGGUUUCAUCCUCUCACUGAAUUCGAUGAGGGAAAGAGAAGUUGUAGACGUAGGCUUGCAGGGCACAACCGACGAAGGAGGAAAACCCAGCCUGAGGAUGUUACCUCACGUCUGCUACUCCCUGGAAACCGGGAUAUGAACAAUAAUGGAAACUUGGAUAUUGUAAACUUGUUAACUGCUUUGGCUCGCUCACAAGGGGGGAAUGAUGAUAAAAGUACAAACUGCCCAACAGUACCAGAUAAAGACCAACUUAUCCAGAUUCUUAACAAAAUAAAUUCACUGCCUUUGCCAAUGGAUCUUGCUGCAAAGUUAUCAAAUAUUGCAAGUUUAAAUGUGAAAAACCCCAACCAACCUUCUUUAGGACAUCAAAACAGAUUGAAUGGAACUGCAUCUUCUCCAUCAACCAAUGACUUACUCGCUGUUCUUUCAACCACUUUGACAGCAUCUGCUCCAGAUGCUCUUGCAAUUUUGUCUCAAAGAAGCAGUCAGAGCAGUGACAGUGACAAGUCUAAGUUGCCUGGCCCCAAUCAAGUGACUGUGCCCCAUUUGCAGAAAAGAUCUAAUUUUGACUUUCCCGCUGUGGGUGUUGAGAGAAUUAGUCACUGUUAUGAGUCUCCUGCUGAAGAUUCAGAUUACCAGAUUCAAGAAUCUCGUCCUAACCUGCCAUUACAGCUGUUUAGCUCAUCACCUGAGAAUGAGAGCCGUCAAAAACCAGCAUCUCCUGGGAAAUAUUUUUCUUCUGACAGCAGUAAUCCCAUUGAAGAGAGGUCUCCAUCAUCAUCCCCUCCUGUUGUGCAGAAGUUGUUCCCGUUGCAGAGCACUGCAGAAACUAUGAAAUCAGAAAAGAUGUCAGUCAGCAGAGAGGUCAAUGCAAAUGUAGGUGGUGGCAGAAGUCAUGGCAGUGUUCUGCCGCUUGAGCUCUUUAGAGGGCCAAACAGAGAACCUGACCACAGUUCAUUUCAAAGUUUCCCAUACCAAGGAGGAUACACAUCUUCCUCUGGGUCUGAUCAUUCACCUUCUAGUCAGAAUUCUGAUCCUCAGGAUCGCACUGGGCGAAUAAUUUUUAAACUAUUUGACAAGGAUCCUAGUCAUUUCCCUGGGACGUUGCGCACAAAGAUAUACAAUUGGCUAUCUAACAGUCCAUCAGACAUGGAGAGUUAUAUAAGGCCUGGCUGUGUUGUUCUAUCAGUUUAUUUGUCAAUGCCAUCUGCUUCCUGGGAGCAACUUGAAAGAAACCUGCUUCAGCUAGUGGAUUCUUUGGUUCAAGAUUCAGAUUCUGAUUUAUGGAAGAGUGGAAGGUUUUUGUUAAAUACAGGCAGGCAGCUAGCAUCACAUAAAGAUGGAAAAGUUCGUUUGUGCAAAUCUUGGAGAACAUGGAGUUCGCCAGAGUUAAUAUUAGUGUCCCCAGUGGCUGUUAUUAGUGGGCAAGAAACCUCUCUUCAGUUAAAGGGAAGAAAUCUGACUGGUCUUGGCACCAAGAUUCAUUGCACUUACAUGGGAGGAUACACAUCAAAGGAAGUUACAGAUUCUUCUUCUCCAGGAUCCAUGUAUGAUGAGAUAAAUGUGGGUGGUUUCAAAAUUCAUGGUCCAUCUCCUAGUAUUUUAGGUCGUUGUUUCAUUGAGGUAGAAAAUGGUUUCAAGGGCAACAGUUUUCCUGUGAUAAUAGCUGAUGCUUCUAUCUGUAAAGAAUUGAGGCUCCUUGAAUCUGAGUUUGAUGAAAAGGUUCUAGUCAGCAAUAUUGUUUCAGAAGAACAGGCUCGUGAUUUUGGGCGACCUAGAUCAAGGGAGGAAGUUAUGCAUUUCUUAAACGAGCUUGGAUGGCUUUUCCAAAGGAAGAGCAUGCCUUCUAUGCAUGAGGUUCCAGAUUAUUCAGUUAACCGCUUCAAAUUUCUGCUCAUUUUCUCAGUUGAAAGAGAUUAUUGUGUGUUGGUUAAAACAAUUCUGGACAUGCUGGUAGAAAGAAAUACGUGCAGGGAUGAAUUAUCUAAGGAGCAUUUGGAGAUGCUCCAUGAGAUUCAGCUCUUGAACCGGUCAGUGAAAAGGAGGUGCAGGAAAAUGGCAGACUUGCUUAUUCAUUAUUAUAUUAUUAGCGGUGAUAAUUCCUCUAGAACAUAUAUUUUCCCACCAAACGUUGGGGGACCUGGUGGUAUUACACCUUUACAUUUGGCUGCUUGUGCAUCUGGUUCAGAUGGUUUGGUUGAUGCCCUGACAAAUGACCCACAUGAGAUUGGGCUGUCCUGCUGGAACUCUGUCCUGGAUGCAAAUGGCCUGUCUCCAUAUGCUUAUGCUGUCAUGACAAAAAACCACUCUCAUAACUUACUAGUGGCUCGUAAACUUGCUGGCAAAAGAAAUGGCCAAAUUUCUGUGGCAAUUGGAAAUGAGAUAGAACAGGCAGCCUUGGAGCAAGAACCUAUGACAAUAUCACAUUUUCAGCAUGAGCGUAAAUCCUGUGCUAAGUGUGCAAGUGUGGCAGCUGAGAUCCAUGGGAGGUUUCUGGGUUCACAAGGCUUGCUUCAGCGUCCAUACAUUCAUUCAAUGCUUGCUAUCGCUGCUGUCUGUGUUUGUGUCUGCCUCUUCUUCCGAGGUGCACCAGACAUUGGCUUAGUUGCUCCCUUCAAAUGGGAGAAUUUGAAUUAUGGAACCAUUUAGACAACAGUAGACAAUGUACACUUGUGAGGAGUACUGGGAAGCAGUUUAGAAGAAAUAACAAAGGCGCCGUGAAAUGCACAAAAAUCCAGAUAAUUGUUUCUGAUUAUGCAAUUGAGAGAAUUCAGGUAAAUGGAUAGACUCCUUAGUUCUCAGUAAGGGCAUAUAAGAGAUGCAUUUUUCCUUAGAGAGAGGAGGAAGCAAAAGCUGCUAGUAGGAUAACAUGAUUCAGAUGCUGUGUUAUUCUUGUUGGCGUUUGCAAACAGGAGUGCAGUGAUGUCGUUGCAGGUUGUGCCCUUUUCUCGGCCCAUUUGUUGCUGGCAAAUACACAAGUUUUAUGGUGGUGUAAAUUUUUGGCUCUUACGAUCAUGAACAAAACAUUUGCUUAGCAAAGGUGGAAGAAUGAUACAUGAAAGCGUACAGAAGGCGGCCAUGACUUGAAUUCAGGGGGAGAGGAAAAAAAACAGAUGCUAGCAAUUAUACCAUCAGCGAGUAUUUAAUUCAGUAAAUUUAUGUAAUGGUUUAUUCUUCUUUAUAUAUAUAUCUUUUGACCCUUACAUAUAUAAUAUCGAAAGAGCUGAGGUAUUUUGCUGAUUUUACGUAUCUAAACUCCUCACUGUAAAGUUGACCACUACGUCCAGUCAGAGGUAGGAUAGUGCAUGAUUGCACUGCAAAAUAUUUGUUGAAUCAAUUUAAAGUAACAGGCAUUUUUUUAUCUGC